UUAGAAGACAACGAAUUUUGAAUGAAUUUUUUUAAAGUCGAGCAGUGAAUAAUUUGCAGGCGGGUUGAUUCAUUCACAGCUAGUAGUUAAGCAAUACAGAUAAUUUCGUAGCAGCCUCUGGCGAAAAACACUACGCUGAAAUUCCAAAAUAUUUUCCUGCAAAACAACAAUGGCGAGCCGAAAGAAGAAGAGUAGCGGACCUAACGACCCGCCCAAAACCAUGCCCGAACCCGAUCCACAAUCUGAAUUCUGGUCAUUCAUCACCGCCAGAAGCACAAAAUCAUGGUUCCUCUGCAUAAGCCUCUUCGCCGUUUUUAUUCGCCUCGCCGUCGCGCUCCACCCCUAUUCCGGCGCCAACACGCCGCCGAUGUUCGGCGAUUACGAGGCGCAGCGCCACUGGAUGGAGAUUACUAUCAAUCUGCCGCCGGAAGAGUGGUACCGCAACAGCACCGUGAAUGAUCUCGGAUAUUGGGGACUCGAUUACCCCCCUCUGACUGCGUACCAGAGUUACUUCCAUGGAAUUUUCUUGAGGUUGUUCGAUCCGGCGUCGGUUGCGCUAUCGGAUUCUCGUGGAUAUGAGUCCUACAUUGGGAAGCUGUUGAUGAGGUGGACGGUUCUGAUGUCUGAUUUGAUGAUAUUCUUUCCUGCAGUUCUUUAUUUUGUAACCGUGUAUUACUCUGGGAAACCCAAUGGCAAGAAAAGCAAUAAGGCUUGGCACACUAUGAUGAUUCUGUUGAACCCAUGUCUCAUUUUGAUUGACCAUGGCCAUUUCCAGUACAAUUGUAUUAGUUUGGGGUUAACUACUGCUGCUGCUGCGGCAAUUUUAUCAAACAGAGACCUUGUUGGCUCCAUCCUAUUUUGCCUUGCUCUUAAUCACAAACAGAUGAGUGCGUAUUAUGCACCUGCUUUUUUUGCUUAUCUUUUUGGUAAGUGCUUGAGACGCCAGCAUCCAAUAGUUGAGGUUUUAAAACUUGGUUUGGUGGUUUUGGGGACCUUUGCUCUAGUUUGGUGUCCAUACCUUAAUUCAGUGGAUGCAUUUUUGGAGGUUCUUUCUCGGUUAGCUCCAUUUGAGAGAGGUAUAUAUGAGGAUUAUGUUGCAAACUUUUGGUGCACAACUUCAGUUGCUGUGAAAUGGAAGAGAUUGUUUACAACACAAUCACUGAAACUUCUCAGUCUUGUUGCAACUGUUUCCACAUGUCUUCCUUCCAUGAUCCAGCUUGUAUGGUCACCAACUAAACGUGGUUUUCUGCACGGUUUGCUAAACUGCUCAUUCUCAUUUUACCUAUUCUCAUUCCAAGUACAUGAGAAAUCCAUCCUGCUUCCACUUCUGCCUGCAAGCUUCUUGGCUGUGGAAGAACCAUUUGUCUUCCGGUGGUUUAUGUACUAUGCUUUGCUUUCCAUGUUCCCUCUUUUAAGGCGUGACAAUUUGGUAGUUCCAUAUGCUGCUCUGUAUGGUCUUUUCGUCCUACUCUACCAUGCGCCUGGUGUCAGGAAAGAUGCAGGAGUGUCUGAUUCCAUUCCAUCCAUUCUAAAAUUUUUUGCAUCUGCUUGCUCUCUUGUCAUUCAUAUCGUCUACAUAACAGUUACCCCUCCAGAAAAAUAUCCUUUUCUCUUUGAAGCUGUGAUUAUGAGCUUAUGUUUCUCUCAGUUCGUAUUGAUUUUGAUAUAUAUAAAUCUAAAACAGUGGGCACCAUCUAAGAUUUCAAGUGAAGCGGAUACCAAAAAGAAGAGGCUCUGAUUUUCUUUAGGGAGAGAUUAGACUGCAAAACACAUUUUGAUCUCCUCGGGAAAUUGAGGAAAUUUGAACCCUUUUAUGCCUCAGGCCCUAUAUUAGUUUAGUUGUAUCUGUACCAUUAAUGAUGAUUUAACAGCUUCUCGAUACCUAACAGGCUAACAUUCCACAUUCACAUCAGAUCACCUUGUAUCGAAUAUAUAUUGAUCAGGAACUAAUAACACUCCUUUUCUCAA